AGUAUGGAGAACCAAACCUUCAAUGCUGAUAUUAUAUCCAUUGAGGGAUUAAAGGUCAGCCCCCAGUCAACUGCACCCGCCUUCGUCCUCAUCCUCCUCAUCUACAUCUUCAUCAUGGUGUCCAACAUCGGCCUGGUAGUCCUGAUCACCAUGGAGAGGAGCCUCCACGGGCCCAUGUAUUUGCUCCUAUGCAACAUGAACAUUAAUGAUAUUUUUGGUGCGACGGCCAUCAUUCCUCGCCUGCUCAGUAAUGUUUUUACUCCAAUCACAGAACGGUACAUUCAUUACAUAGACUGUGUUGUUCAGGCUUUUGCUUCUCACUUUCAUGCAGGCACCUCUCACGCGGUGCUCAUGAUCAUGGCUUUUGAUCGCUACGUGGCCAUCUGCAACCCCCUGCGAUACGCCACCAUCAUGACCAACAAGAUGGUGGUGAAGCUGUCGGUGGGGGCCUGGCUGGCAGCUUUCAUCUCUGUAGCAAUUCUUCUUGGCCUCGCUAUCCGCUUGACGCGCUGCAGGCGGGUUAUAAUCAACCCGUUCUGUGACAACGCCUCCUUGUUCAAGCUGUCCUGUGAGAACCUUCUCAUCAACCACAUCUACGGCCUCGGCAGCGCUGUGGUCAUCCUGGGAUCGUCCCUUGGCAGCGUAACGCUCACCUACCUGAGGAUCGCCAUGGUGUGUUUGAGUAGUAAGAACAAGGUGCUGAACAGCCGGGCGCUGCAGACCUGCGCCACCCACCUGGCUGUUUACCUCAUCAUGUUGGUUUCAUCCUUCACCCCCAUGAUCAUGCACCGCAACCCCAAGUGGGCAGACAAUGGGAAAGUGGCGUCCGUCAUGUUUCACGUCGUUCCUCCGGCUCUGAACCCCAUUAUCUACGGGCUGCAGUGUAAAGAGCUCAGACAGAGGAUUGUCGGUGUGUUUCAAAAGAAUAAAGUCAUGGACGGGAAGAGGGGACCAACUUUUCCCAAAUGA